GCCAGCUGCACGCCAUCCGCCGCCUGGCUGAGCGCCGUGGGCACCGCCACCCCUGGCACCGCCACCGCCGACGCGAGAGAAGACAUGUCUCAAGCAGGACGCCUCUCCCGGAGCCUCAUCUUGUGCACCUUCCUUCAGGAGCAUGGCCUGCGAGCGGCGGCGGACCCGGGCGUGACCAGUCUCCUCCAGUUCUAUCCUGAGCCCCUCGGAGCCCUGCCUCACGAGGUGGCCAUGCGGCUGGCCGUCAUCGGGGACGAGCUGCAAGUGAGAUGGACGCUGCCCCGCUUUGCCCACCUGCCCCGGAUGGCCAUGUACAGCUUCGCUCACACCUACAACCAGACCGGCCUGAGGGUUGUGCUUACAAGUGUUAUGGGGGGUCUCACUUACCUCAGGGGGAACAGAAGGUUCUGGAGCUUCCUGAUCCUCAGGGACUGGGUGGCCCCCCGCCAGGGCCAGGGACGGGGGCGCAAGCUGUCCGGGCUGCUGCUGCUGGUGCUGCUGCUAGACUGGGGCCUGCACCUCCUCCAGUGACGGACGGACGGACGGACGCGCUGCUGGCCAGUGCGGGGCGGGCUGGCCCCUCCCCCCCCACCACCCUGGAGGUGGCCUUGUUGGUUUUGUCUUUUUAACUGUUUUCUUAUGAUCCCUUUUUUAUAUUUAACUGCUGAGUGCUGGGACACUCCUGAGGUUUCCUCCGUGUUGUUUUGGUUUUGUUUUUGUAAGAAAUGAAAUAUACCUCUGGGAUCUUCACGGCUCUCC